AGGCAACGGUUACAGGAGAGGUCGACGUCGGGCCUCUGGCCUUCCCGCUUCUCCCUCCUCGCCGUCAAGCCCACUGCCCGACAUGGCCUCGCACGCACACUCAUCCUCCUCCACUGCGAACAUCGUCGGCGUCCACUACCGCGUAGGCAAGAAGAUCGGCGAGGGCUCCUUCGGGGUCAUCUUUGAAGGCACAAACCUCCUCAACUCGCAGACUGUCGCCAUCAAAUUUGAACCGAGGAAAGCGGAGGCGCCGCAGCUUCGAGACGAGUGCCGGUCGUACCGAAUAUUGGCAGGAUGCCCGGGGAUCCCGCAAAUCUACCACUUCGGCCAGGAGGGUCUCCACAACAUCCUGGUCAUCGACCUCCUCGGGCCCUCUCUCGAGGACCUGUUCGACAUGUGCGGGAGGAAGUUCUCGAUCAAGACGGUCUGCAUGGCCGCGCGGCAGAUGAUCACUCGCGUACAGACAAUACACGAGAAGAACCUCAUCUACCGCGACAUCAAGCCCGACAACUUCCUCAUCGGCCGGCCGAGCACUAAGGCUGCUAAUGUCAUUCAUGUGGUGGACUUCGGUAUGGCCAAGCAGUACCGGGAUCCCAAGACGAAGCAGCACAUCCCGUAUCGUGAACGGAAGAGUUUGAGUGGUACGGCGCGGUACAUGAGUAUCAACACCCAUCUGGGUCGAGAGCAGUCCCGUCGGGACGACCUCGAGUCAUUAGGUCAUGUCUUCAUGUAUUUCCUGAGAGGGAGCCUGCCAUGGCAGGGUCUCAAAGCCGCUACCAACAAGCAGAAGUACGAGAAAAUCGGGGAGAAGAAGCAGACGACACACAUUAAGGACCUCUGCGAUGGGUUCCCGGGUGCGUCGUGUUUGCUUGCCCUACCGGCCCAGCUCAUUGUCUGUCCAGAGGAGUUUGGCAUCUACCUCAACUAUGUUCGAAAACUGGGCUUCGAGGAAACCCCCGACUACGACUUCUUGCGCGAGCUCUUUGUGAAGGUCAUGAAGAACAACAAUGACGUCGACGAUGGAGUGUAUGAUUGGAACCUGCUUAACGGUGGGAAAGGAUGGGAAGCCUCAUUGGGCCAGAACCAGAUCCUCUCUCAAAUCCAGAACACGUCUCCGGGCCCGGGCCAGGAUCGUCGUCGGGAUGUGGACCGCCAGGCUCGCGAUGACAGACGGAGAGUGUCGCAGGCUGGCCAGGGCGUUGUGCCUCCGUCACCCGCGCUUGUACGGCACGGGUCCAAGCACCGCGCAAUACCUGGGACGCCUGGCGGCGCGUCGACUCCAGGACCGAUUACACCCAUGUCUUCGGCCGCGGCUCAUGUGGAUGUCCCCAUCGGCACAAUGCAGCGUCGAAUCAGCCAGCAACCCAGCGCGCAACAUCCGUAUGCCAAUCCUGGACACGACUCGUUCGUGAGGGAAACGACGGUGGACGAGUAUUCAGCGACGCAGCAACCGUACGGCCGUGUAUCACCAAUGGUCUCCUCCGUCGGUGCGGCGCCCCCUGCUCUGAGCAACGUGCGCGCGCUGGGAGGCGAGGUGGGAGCGUCCAACGGCGCCGGAUACCAGGGCCAGUCCGAGGCGGAGCCGCAACAAAGCUCCCUCUGGAAGAUUCUUACAUGCCGGUGUGGCUGAGCCCUCCGUAGUUUUCGUUACGUUCUCUCGUCACCUCUGGAUCUCCACGCCGUCACGCUCACUCUCGCUACGCUCGCUACUGAUCUCGUCCACGUAUACCUGUCUGCACUUUCGUCAU